CCGAAGAGUCGGCUUUUCUGAUUGGCUUAGAGUACAAACGCAGGCGAGCGCCUCCUGAGACCCGCUCUUUGAUUGGGUUUUAAAUGAACUACAGAGCACGAAAUAAAGAGGCCUUCCGUCAUUGGGCCAUUGCAUGAAUCUCCUUUUGGCUUCUCUGCCGACUGAAUAAGCGUCUCAGGAUCUUCGUCAUGACUCUUAAAUCUGGGCCUGUCAGUUCGCCCCAGCCUUACUCGUCUCUAAGCAGGGCAUGGGGUUUACAGAGUUCAACCAAUCAUAUAACGCCGAGAUCAGGUUGCCAGGCAGAUUAUGCUAACGAUACCCCGCCUUUUAUGCUGCUCCCACUCUGCGGCGGGAAGAACCACCUGGAGGUGGCGGGGGGGUUUGAUUUCCAUCACCCCUAGGGAGAGAGGACCGGGGACCCGCUGAUCUUCCAGCUCCCCUCACCCAACGUCGUGCGCAUUGCAGAGAGGUCUUUUUGUCCUUCAUGAACACUCACGUGGUAGAUAGAUGACUGUCCUCCACCCUGCCCUGCCCUAGGUGCCCUGGACGUGGAGCUGUCCAGUAGGGAAAGGAUGGAUUCCAAAGAUGAAAGCUCACACGUGUGGCCUACGUCUGCAGAACAUGAAGAGAAUGCUGCACAGGUACACUUUGUUCCAGACGCUGCAACUGUGGCUCAGAUCGUCUACACCGAUGACCAGGUUCGCCCUCCCCAGCAGGUGGUGUACACGGCAGAUGGUGCCUCCUACACGUCAGUGGAUGGCCCGGAGCAUACGCUGGUGUACAUCCAUCCUGUGGAAGCUGCGCAGACUCUCUUUACAGACCCAGGCCAGGUAGCUUAUGUCCAACAGGAUGCUACAGCUCAGCAGGCCUCAUUACCAGUGCAUAACCAGGUGUUACCUUCAAUUGAGAGUGUGGAUGGGUCAGACCCUUUGGCAACUCUGCAGAACCCUAUGGGUAGACUGGAGGCCAAAGAGGAAGAGGAUGAGGAUGAGGAUGAGGAUACCGAGGAAGAUGAGGAAGAAGAUGGUGAAGACACAGACCUGGAUGACUGGGAACCAGAUCCACCUCGGCCCUUUGACCCUCACGACUUGUGGUGUGAGGAGUGUAAUAAUGCACAUUCUUCAGUGUGCCCAAAGCAUGGCCCCUUGCAUCCCAUCCCCAACCGGCCUGUGCUCACGAGGGCGAGAGCGAGCCUCCCCCUGGUCCUCUACAUCGACAGGUUCCUCGGAGGAGUGUUCUCCAAAAGGCGCAUCCCCAAGCGCACCCAGUUUGGCCCAGUGGAGGGACCCCUCGUCAGGGAGUCCGAGCUGAAAGACUGUUAUAUUCAUUUAAAGGUUUCUCUUGAUAAAGGGGACAGGAAAGACAGAGACCUGCAUGAGGACCUCUGGUUUGAGUUGUCUGAUGAGACCCUUUGUAACUGGAUGAUGUUUGUGCGUCCAGCCCAGAAUCACCUGGAGCAGAACCUGGUGGCUUACCAGUACGGCCACCAUGUGUAUUACACAACAAUAAAGAAUGUGGAACCCAAGCAGGAGCUUAAGGUGUGGUAUGCUGCGUCCUAUGCUGAAUUCGUGAACCAGAAAAUUCAUGACAUUUCUGAGGAAGAAAGGAAAGUUCUUCGAGAGCAAGAGAAGAAUUGGCCCUGCUAUGAAUGUAACCGCCGAUUUAUAAGCUCAGAGCAGUUGCAACAGCAUCUCAAUUCUCAUGAUGAGAAACUGGAUGUGUUUAGCAGAGCAAGAGGCAGAGGAAGGGGACGAGGCAAGAGGCGAUUUGGCCCAGGUCGACGGCCAGGGCGUCCUCCAAAAUUUAUCCGCUUGGAAAUAACCAGCGAAAACGGGGAAAAGUGUGAUGAUGGGACACAGGACCUGCUACAUUUUUCCACCAAGGAACAGUUUGAUGAGGCUGAACCAGCUACUCUGAAUGGGCUGGAUCAACCAGAACAGACCACUCUCCCAAUCCCUCAGCUGCCACAAGAAACCCAGUCUUCUCUGGAGCAUGAGCCAGAAACUCACAGCCUCCACCUGCAGCCCCAGCACGAGGAGAGUGUCCUGCCCACCCAGAGCACGUUGACGCCCGAUGACAUGCGCAGAGCCAAGCGCAUCCGAAACGCAGCUCUUCAGCAUCUGUUUAUUCGGAAGUCCUUCCGGCCUUUUAAAUGUUUGCAGUGUGGGAAGGCCUUUCGUGAAAAGGACAAGCUGGACCAACACCUGCGCUUCCACGGGCGGGAGGGGAGCUGCCCCUUGACCUGUGACCUCUGUAACAAGGGCUUCAUCAGCAGUGCCUCCUUGGAGAGCCACAUGAAGCUCCAUUCGGACCAGAAGACUUACUCUUGCAUUUUUUGCCCAGAAUCCUUUGACCGCCUUGAUUUGUUGAAAGAUCAUGUGGCUAUUCAUAUCAAUGAUGGCUACUUCACCUGCCCAACUUGUAAAAAACGCUUCCCAGAUUUUAUCCAGGUGAAAAAACACGUGCGAAGCUUCCACUCAGAGAAGAUCUACCAGUGCACAGAGUGCGACAAAGCCUUCUGUCGUCCUGACAAACUGCGACUCCACAUGCUCCGACAUUCGGACCGCAAAGAUUUCCUGUGUUCGACGUGUGGGAAGCAGUUUAAGCGAAAAGACAAACUACGGGAACAUAUGCAAAGGAUGCAUAAUCCUGAGAGGGAGGCCAAGAAAGCUGACCGCAUCAGCCGCUCCAAGACUUUUAAGCCUCGGAUCACGUCCACUGACUAUGACAGCUUCACGUUCAAGUGCCGCCUGUGUAUGAUGGGCUUCCGGAGACGAGGCAUGCUGGUAAAUCACUUAUCAAAGAGACACCCAGACAUGAAGAUAGAAGAGGUGCCAGAGUUAACUCUACCCAUCAUAAAACCGAACCGUGAUUACUUCUGUCAGUACUGUGAUAAGGUUUAUAAAAGUGCCAGCAAGCGAAAAGCCCAUAUUCUGAAGAACCAUCCAGGGGCUGAGCUCCCACCCAGCAUUAGGAAGCUUCGUCCUGCUGGCCCCGGAGAACCAGACCCCAUGCUGAGCACCCACACCCAGCUCACGGGCACCAUAGCUACCCCUCCCGUCUGCUGCCCUCACUGCUCCAAACAGUACAGCAGCAAGACCAAGAUGGUACAACAUAUUCGAAAGAAGCAUCCAGAGUAUGCCCAGCUCCCUAACACCUUACAUACACCACUGACGACAGCUGUGAUCAGUGCUACCCCAGCGGUUCUAACUACAGAUAGUGCCACUGGAGAGACUGUGGUGACAACGGACCUGCUAACCCAAGCCAUGACAGAACUGUCCCAGACCCUAACAACAGAUUACCGAACACCACAAGGGGACUACCAGAGAAUUCAGUAUAUCCCUGUGUCACAGUCCACAUCGGGUCUUCAGCAGCCUCAGCACAUACAACUGCAAGUGGUGCAAGUGGCCCCGGCCACUUCCCCUCACCAGUCUCAGCAGUCCACUGUGGAUGUUGGCCAGCUCCACGACCCUCAGACCUACACCCAGCAUGCCAUCCAGGUGCAGCACAUCCAGGUCACUGAGCCCACAGCCUCGGCACCAUCCUCAUCCCAGCCUCUGAGCCCCUCUUCCCAGCAGUCUCAGCAGGGGCUCAGCCCCUCCCACAUACAAGGUGGUUCUUCUGCACAAGGCCAGGCCCUCCAGCAGCAGCAGCAGCAGAGUUCCUCUGUACAACACACCUACUUACCCAAUGCUUGGAAUUCCUUCCGUGGCUAUUCAUCUGAGAUUCAAAUGAUGACACUUCCCCCAGGUCAGUUUGUGAUUACAGACAGUGGUGUGGCAACUCCUGUCACCACUGGUCAAGUGAAGGCCGUUACUCCGGGUCAUUAUGUGUUAUCAGAAAGUCAACCAGAAUUGGAGGAAAAGCAAGCUUCUGCUCUCUCCGGGGGAGUCCAGGUUCAGACAACUGCACACAGUGACUUGGACCCCCAGACCACCAGCCAACAGCAGCCCACACAGUACAUCAUUACAACCACCACCAACGGGAAUGGGAGCAGUGAAGUGCAUAUCACUAAACCUUAACUUCUGUCCCUGAGCUAGAAUGGAGCAGUCACAUCCUGUUUCUCAUUCAUAAGUCCGAAAGCUUCUGACACUUAGAACUCUUUUUUAAGAUUUAUCAUUCACUCAAGAGUUUGGAAACUACAGUUUUGACACUCAUACAUACACUGGGACUUAUUUUCUCAAGGUCAUAUUUACCAAACUGACUCUUCAAACCCUAGGAGUUUCUGCCAUGGAAUGCAGAUCUUUCAGGGGAAAGUAGAUUUCAAGAUGGAGAAAAUUUGCCUUGCUCUUGAGUUGGUUUUUUAACACAUUGAUAAGCCUUACUUUUCCUUUGUGGAAAUAUUAAGUGGUGUAUUGUGUUUGUACCAAAGGUGGAGAAAGGAUGUGCCAAGUCCAUGGCCACUGGACUUCUUAAUUCCCAGCCGUGGCACCAAAGGAGAAGGGGCAUUUUAUGGGUGUGUGUUAGGUCAGAACUACUUCAUCUUGUGAGUCUGUGUUUUCAGUAAUUUAACAAAGGGAGCCUACUGAAUAUGAAAAUAAAAUUGAUGAAACAAAGGUUUGACAGUGAUGUUCUGAAAGAAAAACUGCCAUCUAAAUUUUUUUUCUUAUUGCUGUUUU